CUGGAUUCUCUUUUUAUGAUUCCACUAGAUUUUCCUGCAACGUACAAUGCAGAAGAAAUGCCUACAGGCGUAGAGCCUUCGGAUCCUGUUGAUGAACCAUCGCUUUCAUCCCGACGUCUUGGACAUUAUUUGUCAGAAGAACAGAGUCAUGAGAGCAUCCUUCUGGGGGUGCAACCUCUGGGGGUAAACAAGGCUACUGUUCAGAAUUAUCUGCCCGAAAUUAUACAAAGUGUGGAUAGCAAUGAGUCUCAGGCAGAGGCUACUGUUGGCACGAUAGAGCCCGACGAAGGAGUGUGCUGGGGGUCCUUCACCACAUUGACGUCCACAACUUCUGACGGGUCGCCAGGACCUAUUAGAGUAUGUAAUAACGAUGGCGAUGUCGAUUAUCUAGACGAGGCAACCAACUCAGGACCACUCCUCCCAACUACCUCUUCAGACCAAUACAUUGCUCCAGGCUCGGCGGAGCUAGGCAAGGCAGAUGUGGCUCCGAUAAAGUCGGAGCAUGUCUUGGACCCUGAGUUGGAAGCUAUUGUGAGCAGUCACAAAGGCAACAGGCAUGAACGAUGCCGUGUAGGGAAACAUGUAGGGAAACAAGCACGCGUGUUAAAGAUUGUCCGCCAACGAAGGAGGUCAAAGGAACCGGAAAAAGAGAUGGCGAAAUGA